GACGGGCAGCGCGGCGGGGGGGCCCCCGCCCGACUGGGCGGGCGCGGAGGACCCGGGCGCGGGUGCGGGUGCAGGCGGGGCGGCCCUGCAGGGCCACCUCCUCAGCCCGCGGCCGCCGCUGGAAGAUGUCUCAGGAGAGGCCCACGUUCUACCGGCAAGAGCUGAACAAGACCAUCUGGGAGGUGCCCGAGCGCUACCAGAACCUGUCCCCGGUGGGCUCCGGCGCCUAUGGCUCGGUGUGUGCUGCAUUUGACACCAAAACUGGGUUGCGUGUGGCAGUGAAGAAGCUCUCCAGACCGUUUCAGUCUAUUAUUCAUGCCAAGAGGACCUACAGAGAACUGCGGUUACUUAAACAUAUGAAACAUGAAAAUGUAAUUGGUCUGUUGGAUGUUUUUACACCUGCAAGGUCUCUGGAGGAGUUCAAUGAUGUGUAUCUGGUGACCCAUCUCAUGGGGGCAGAUCUGAACAACAUUGUGAAAUGUCAGAAGCUCACAGAUGACCAUGUUCAGUUCCUUAUCUACCAAAUUCUCCGAGGUCUCAAGUAUAUACAUUCAGCUGACAUAAUUCACAGGGAUCUAAAGCCUAGUAAUCUAGCUGUGAAUGAGGACUGUGAGCUGAAGAUCUUAGAUUUUGGACUGGCUCGACAUACCGAUGAUGAGAUGACAGGCUAUGUGGCCACUCGGUGGUACCGGGCUCCUGAGAUCAUGCUGAACUGGAUGCAUUACAACCAGACAGUUGAUAUUUGGUCAGUGGGAUGCAUAAUGGCCGAGCUGUUGACUGGAAGAACAUUGUUUCCUGGUACAGACCAUAUUGAUCAGUUGAAGCUCAUUUUAAGACUCGUUGGAACCCCAGGGGCUGAGCUUUUGAAGAAAAUCUCCUCAGAGUCUAAGCUGGAUUGGAAUGAAUCAAAGGCAAGAAACUACAUUCAAUCUUUGACCCAGAUGCCGAAGAUGAACUUUGCAAAUGUAUUUAUUGGUGCCAAUCCCUUGGCUGUCGACUUGCUGGAGAAGAUGCUCGUACUGGACUCAGAUAAGAGGAUCACAGCAGCCCAAGCCCUUGCUCACGCCUACUUUGCCCAGUACCAUGAUCCUGAUGACGAACCCGUGGCUGACCCUUACGAUCAGUCCUUUGAAAGCAGGGACCUCCUUAUUGAUGAAUGGAAAAGCCUGACCUACGAUGAAGUUAUCAGCUUCGUGCCGCCUCCCCUUGACCAAGAAGAGAUGGAGUCCUGAGCGCCGAUCCGUCCGUCGCACCUCACUGUGAGGGGAAGGCCUUUCCACGGGAACUCUCCAAAUAUCAUUCAAGUGCCUCUUGUUGCAAAGAUUUCCUCUGUGGUGGAAAGGGUGUGCGCGUGCGUGUAUGUGUGCGUGCAUGUGUAUAUCUGUGUUUGUGCGUGCGUGUGUGCAUGUGUGUUGUGUGUCUGAGUGCGGGAGAGUCAGUGAGCAAUUCGGAGCAAACUCUGGUCCCAGUGACUCUGCGUGGAUUUGCCGAUCCUCCACCACCCACCGUCUCUUCUUGCGAGUCAGCAUCUCAGUAGGGGUCUGUGAAAAGCGAAGCGAAAAUCAGUGACUCUCCCACACCCCAGCCGUGCUGUUGCCAUUUGGACCUGUGGCUGCCCCGCCGCCCCUCCUCCCCCCGCCCGCCCGCCCGUCUGCCUCAGCCCCCGCCCUUGAUCAGGGGGAGUCCCCGGCUACAGCCCACAGUGGCCGGGAGGGAAGGCUCCCCUCCUGACUGCUUCCCACCUGAAGGCGGAAAAGGACCACCUGGCUCACGUGCGCUUGUCCAGGGCUCGGAACCAAGCAGGCGUAUCUGGAACUGUGGGUGCCUGCCAGAGCAGGAAGAGGGUCUAGGUAGCGCCGAGAGCCCCGCAGAUGGAGUUCUGAACCAGGCAGGGAGUCACGCAUGAACCCGGAGUGACCCCGGGCGGGGGCGGUCUUCAGCGGCACCGUGUGUGCAUGUGUGAGCAUGCGGAUAUGUGCUUCGCUCUAUCCCCACCCCCACCCCCAGGUGUUGUUGCCAUUUCUGCGCUUCCUCCUCUCCUGCAGUGCAGAGGUUCCGUGGGGACUGGCCCCCGCGGUCAGGAGCUGGCCCUGGCCCGCGGUGUCCCCCCCCUUCUCCCCCCGUGUGCUCUCUUCCCCCAGCAGAGUGACAGUGUGUUUCUGCACGUCUUGCUAUUUGAGCAUGCACAGCUGCUUGUCCUGUUCUCCGCGGGAGGCCCCAGUGCCAGGCCAGUUUGCCAGUGACGACUUCUUCUUGGGUAAUUCAGAAACCCGUGUCACCUCGGCUGACGCUCCCGGCUGGUGACAUCAUCCUCUCUCCAGCCCCCCCCGAUGCUAUUUUGUGUUGAUCACAAUCGAUCCUCCAGGUGCUUUUGAUGUGAAAACUAUGAAGAUAGGGAACGGAGAGCCGCGGAGUAUUUUCAUUCUUGCCAUCUGGUUUUGCGCGAACUGUAUUCGGGGAGUUGUCAGCAGGAAAGAUCAGGGCUUUUUCCGGGACUCUGUCAGACUUUGGAAAACAAGCUGUUCUCUUCACUCCCAGUAACCGACGCUAAGACAUGCCGAAAAUCCAAGUGAAAACUAAAAACCCACGAGGCCAGAAAUCCCUUCACUAUCUUUGUUUAAACGUGGUCAUUGAAAAACAAAAGCAAAAGUCCUGUGUCUUUUCUACCCCUCUGUGGAAAGGGUCUUCUUGGCAGCUUACCAUUGACUUCUCGGUCUUGGUUUGGGAAGAAAUCAAUUUUAUUUCAGAAUUUUAUAUUUUGCAGGAAUCUUUUGAGAAAGUGAUUCUUUUUGAUGGGGAGAAAGGGCAAAUUAUUUUAAUACUUUGUACUUUCAACUUUAUAAAGAAGAAAAUAUCCUCAGGGGUGGAGAAGAGUUGUUUUCAUAAUUUUCUGAUUAUCAGGCACCUUAUUCCACAGAAGGCCGGUAGAGUUGAACCUUUUGUGAAAUAAGGAAGUGGAAUGCCUCCUCCAUUGUUGGCUGUGUGGCAGUCUCGUAUUUGAGCCCAGGGGUUUUUAUUUCCCGGCGCACUCCGGGGGCAGCUGGCAGGACCCCUGAGUCACCUGGAGUUAAAAGGACCGAGGCAGGCUGCGGGGACCCCCUGGGGACCUCCCCCUCAUCAAAGAGAAUGAGCACAAAGGCCUCCUCUCCUUUCCAUCCCGCCGAAACCCUCCGUCCACAGCAAGAUGAACCUUAUCAGCUGUGUUUGGUGGCGGACGCUAGUGUGAUUUCCUCCAGAAACACUGCUCUGUACCUUUCUGAAACAAAAGUCUUUGCACAUUCGACCCAUCCGUGUCAGGAGGCUCCAGGGGCCGGGACUCGGCGGGCGCCCACAGAGCAGCCCCUGGGCACCGUCCUCUCCUCCCGACUUCUCUGAAGAGGGAACUAAAGCCAGAAGGAGGGAAACUGCUAUUUUAUUUGUAUCCAUGAACUUGGCUAUAAUCAGUUGUGCUGUCUAGGGUGUCCUACAAUACCACUGGUCAAAAUAAAGCCUAUUUUUCAAAAUGGA